CGCUCCUCGUGUCCUACAGACCUCAUCGUCUCCUCCCCGGAGUCCGGAGUGCCCCGAUCCGCCGUGCCUUCCCUAACCCGACGUCUCUCCUCGCCGCCAAUCUCUUCGCUGCCACCCAACUCCUACCGCACCGCCUCCUCUACCGCCGUCAUCUCCCCUGCACGAAUCUCCUCCCGGUCUGCGCUCAAACCCUAAACUCCCGAACCGAUCUCCCCGCCGUUGCCGCUUCCUCUGCAAGGAGUCCGCCGCAAAACCAUGGAUGUUGCUGAGUGCAAGAUGAACUCGAAACGCGGGAGGAGCCGUAGUCCAGUUGAACUCAAGGAUGACCACACUAAGGGGAGUGGAAGUUAUGGAAGGAAAGCCAACUCAAGAGAUAUGGAGAUUGAUUCCAGUCAUGCCAGAUCAGGCAAGGGUCAUGAAUUUGUUAGGGAUUCGGAUAGGCACUCCUAUGGAGCAUCACGUGAGUCCAAGAGGCAUGAUGAUUAUAGGAGGUAUCAUGAUAAGCGGGCUGAUGAUAAUGACAGGAGCCAGCCUAGAACUUCGCGGUCAGAUAGGGAAGCAAGGGCUGACACUUUCUAUGAUCCUUCAAAGCGUGAUAGCACAUCUGACAGAUCACAUGGUGAUCGGAGAAAUGUUGACAUCAGUUAUGGAGGCAAAUCUUUCAAGCGAGAGCACGUGAGUAAGAACCAAGAAAAGCGAGAAUCUGCACGUGAGUACCUUAGGCAUGAUGGUGGAGAGUAUGACAAGUAUGCUGAUCCAAGAAAGGAAACACGCUCUACCAGAAGGUAUCCAGAAGAAAAGGAGAGUAAGAACAAGGACAAGUUCAAGCAGGAGGAGGCCCUAAAGAAGAAAAAUGUCAAGGAGAUUGAAAAAAGCAGCCAGACAACACCACCUGAAGUAGAAAUUAGGGAGAAGAGAAGAAGCUUAUUUAGUUCUGUUGGGCAAGAUGUGCAAAAUACACAAGACAUGGAAAAGGACACCUCCACGAAGAAACCUAUCCUUGAUUGCUCAGGAGGAACUGAAGAGGCAGCUAUUAAUGAUAUGAAUGCAGCAAAAGCUGCAGCAAUGAAAGCUGCUGAAUUAGUGAACAAGAACAUUACAGGAUUUGGGGUUGGAACUGGCCGCUUAUCCACUGACCAGAAGAAAAAGCUGCUUUGGGGCAACAAAAAGAGCAAUCCUGCAGAGACAAGUACUCACUGGGACUCAAAUUUGUUUUCUGACCGGGAGCGCCAAGAGAAAUUUAACAAACUAAUGAGUCUGAGGAUGCCUUGGUGGCUAUGGCCUAUUGUAGGGUGUGAAGAGCAGUGCCUCCGUCUCAGUUCAAGAGAGCAAGGCCGACAACAAGGAGGAGGGCUCUGUGGAAGUCAAGAAGCAGGAGGAGCUCGACACCGACCUGGAGAAGCUUUACGUAGCAGGCCUGCGCCGGAGAGAUGGCCGGACUGUUGGUCUUGGCCUGUAGGGGACUCUGCCUGCCAGUGUUGCAGCACUGAAAAUCUCAAGUGCCUGCUACGUGAAAUUCUACUGGUAGUUUUGCGUCAACUGUAGGAUUGGGUUAUAAUCUUGUAGUAGCUCAUAAACAGCUAUUCUGUCAGCGUGACGCUUGUAUAGUGCGUUGGCAUAACUUCGUCAUCCUGCUGGCUUGUGCACUUGGAUGUUUUCUUUUGGUGGCAGUUGAUUAUAAGCAAGACUCUAGCUGCUUACUGCAUUUUUUCCACCUUA